CUUUUACAGACAUACUAUCAACUUCCGGUUGGGUGUGAGCGACUGUCUUGCCUCUCAAAUAUCUGUUUUUCUUCCCUGAGGGUCUGAAUUUAACAUUUGCGUUUCUCGAAUAACGGCGUCGUUCUGUUCAGUUAGAAAAUGUCCAAGUCCCUGAAGAAGAUAGUGGAGGAGAGUCGGGAGAAGAAUGUGCCGGAGGUGGAUAUGUGUGACAGAGGAAUAUCAAACCUGCUGGAUAUUCCUGGACUUUUCACCCUGUCCAACAUAACCCAACUGGUCCUGAGCCACAACAAGUUGACUGGGGUGGCUCCCAACAUUGCAGACUUGAAGAACUUGGAGGUGUUGAACAUGUUCAAUAACCAAAUUGAAGAACUUCCAACUCAAAUUAGCAGCCUUCAGAAGCUUAAACAUCUAAACCUUGGGAUGAACAGGCUGAGCACACUUCCGAGGGGGUUCGGGUCUCUUCCAUCAUUGGAGGUUCUGGAUCUCACAUAUAACAACUUGAACGAGUCCUCGCUGCCUGGAAACUUCUUUUACCUCACCACCCUGCGCGCGCUCUAUCUCAGCGACAACGAUUUUGAGACUUUGCCCCCAGACAUCGGCAAGCUGGCCAAGCUACAGAUAUUGAGUCUUCGAGACAAUGACCUCAUCUCUAUGCCCAAAGAGAUCGGAGAUCUGACACAGCUAAAGGAACUUCAUAUUCAAGGGAACAGACUCACUGUACUGCCUCCUGAACUUGGUAACCUGGACCUGACGGGCCCAAAGCAGGUGUUUAAAGCUGAGAACAAUACCUGGGUGACUCCGAUAGCAGACCAGUUCCAGCUUGGCAUCUCCCAUGUGUUUGAAUACAUCCGCUCGGAGACCUACAAGUACCUUUACGGACGACACAUGCAGGCCAACCCGGAGGCGCCCCCGAAGAACGCGGAUAAAUCCAAGAAGAUUAGCCGCAAGCCACUGGCUGCCAAAAACAAGUGAAGACGGCGGAGAGACGAUCCGGCCUUCCGUGCUGAACCUCACUGCAUGUGCCUUUCCACGUUUUAUAUUUAUUCAGAAAAUUUGUUUCACAUUGCUUCAGUGUUAUGUUAAUGUUACCCCUCGUUGUUUCAUGCUUUAAGGAACAGUUCACCCAAAAACAAACGUUUUUUCCUCCUCAUGUCAUUCAAAACCUGUAAAUGACUAUUUCUACUGUGAAACGCAAAAGAAGAUAUUUUGAAAAGUCAUAGGGGUCCAAUGUUGUUCGGUUACCAACGUUCUUCUUCUUUUGUGUUCUGCAGAAGAAAGAAAGUCAUGCAGGUCUGGAAUGGCAUGAGAGCGAAUAAAUGAUGAAAGAAUGUUUUUUUUUGGCUAAACUGUCCUAAAAAAAUCAUUUCUUAUCAUCCCUGUCCUGAGUAUCAAAGAGGACCUGCUGAUUUUGCAAUAUCUGAAAAGCCAAACAAGUGUCCUUUUUAAACCAAUUUUGACCUUUUUUUAAUGACCUUAAAGUGUGAAUAUUAAGUUGCUUUGACGUUAAUCAAGUUUCUGAGCAUUUCAUUCGGGUCUCUGUUGUCUCUAGUAAAGCAGAGGAGGUAUUGUUCUAUCCAGCCAUCCAAACAAGGAAAGCAGCGUUUCUUAGUGAAUUCAGGGAGGCAGUGACAAUGGUUGUGCAACCGUAGAGGGAUUUAUCAAGACUUUCGGGGACUUAGCCGAGUCUGAGCAAGAUUGUGUCAGGUCUCGGGGGGGACACUGCUGACUGCUUCCUCUGGCUCUUAAUGACAGAUAUGAAUGGCUGCGAGCGUAAUUUUCAGAUGGUACACACAGCAGAGACCAGACAGAAACGUCCCGCUGCCCAUUUGAGAGGGUCAGCGAGAUAUUGAAACAAAUCACAGAGGGCGAUCUCUGUAAUGACGGCACAAAACCCUAUACAUACCAGGCAUGUUUUCUGUUGCGAUUGGAUUCAGGUUAACGUGACGUUGCAACUUUGAUUUACUAACAGUAUUGUUCAGGAUUGUGGUUGAAAACAUUUCACAAUAUAUUUUUUGGCAUCAUGAUGCCUACUAUGUACACUAACAUCUUCUAAUUCUGCAAUGCAUGACUGAAUUUGAAGUUUUUCUUUUUUACGGAUGUUUUAUUGUAUAUUUUAAAGGCUCACGCUAUGUUUCAUUACAAUCACCUUAAAGCUGUAAUAUUUUAAUAUCUUUUAUCAUGUUCAUAUGAAGCUAUGUACUGAAUUUUUGACGUUGAAAUAAAGUCAACAUUUUGUUGGACAAGGUAGUAUUUA